GCCCGACUCAAGAGGAUGGUGCGGCUGGCGGCCGAGCUGCUGCUGCUGCUGGGGCUGCUCCUGCUCACCUUGCACAUCACCGUGCUGCGCGGCGGCGGCGGAGAGCCGCAGGGUCCCGCGGGCGCCGCCAACCACAGCCAGCGGCAGAACACGCUCACUGCAGAUGACCAUUCUCCUGAAGACAGCUUUAGCCUGAACCCCGAGGACAGAAGAGAAUACCCCGAUCUCCAGGCUGCCCACCGGCCAUUCCCUAAGCAACGAUUCAGGCAGGAAAAUGGGCAUACAUCCUUACAGAGAGAUGGACCUAGAUCUUUCCUUUUGGAUCUCCCAAACUUCCCUGACCUGUCAAAAGCCGAUAUCAACGGGCAGAAUCCCAACAUUCAGGUUACCAUUGAAGUGGUGGAUGGCCCUGACACAGAAACUGACAAGGACCUUCAGAAAGAAAACAGCAAGCCUAGCUGGCCAGUCUCAUCACCUGACUGGAGAAAUUGGUGGCAGAGGUCCUCCACCUUGACUCGCAUGAGCAGUGGUGACCAGGACUACAAGUAUGACAGCACUACUGAGGACAGCAACUUCCUGAACCCUCUCGGUGGGUGGGAUGGUCAUGCACCCAGUCACCGGACAUUUGAGUCCAAGGAGCAGUCAGAGUAUGACUACAUUGAUGGUGAUGGAGACUGGAGCCCGUGGUCCCUUUGUAGCGUCACCUGUGGGAGCGGCAGUCAGAAGCGGACGAGGUCCUGUGGGUAUGCCUGCACUGCCACCGAGUCACGGACCUGCGACAGGCCAAAUUGCCCAGGGAUUGAAGAUACCUUCCGAACAGCAGCCACAGAAGUGAGCUUACUGGCUGGGAGUGAAGACUUCAAUGCCACCAAACUGUUUGAAGUGGAUACUGAUAGCUGUGAAAGAUGGAUGAGCUGCAAAAGUGAGUUCUUGAAGAAAUACAUGCACAAAGUGGUCAAUGAUCUUCCCAGCUGCCCCUGCUCUUACCCCAGAGAAGUUGCUUACAGCACUGCUGACAUCUAUGAUCGGAUUAAGAGGAAAAACUUUCGCUGGAAAGAUGCAAGUGGUCCAAAGGAAAAACUGGAGAUCUAUAAGCCCACUGCACGGUACUGCAUCCGCUCCAUGCUCUCUUUGGAGAGCACAACACUAGCAGCUCAGCACUGCUGUUAUGAUGAUAACAUGCAGCUGAUUACCAGAGGGAAAGGGGCAGGUACACCAAACCUGAUCAGCAUUGAAUUUUCAGCAGAACUCCAUUACAAAGUGGACAUUCUACCCUGGAUUAUAUGCAAGGGUGACUGGAGCCGGUACAAUGAAGCACGACCUCCAAACAACGGGCAGAAGUGCACAGAAAACCCUACAGAUGAAGACUAUUACAAGCAAUUUCAAGAAGCAAGGGAAUACUGAAGAGGUUUUCCUCCUCUUCAGACAGAAAAUAGCAUUCAUUUCCUGGAUGCCAAAGAACUGAUAACUGCUGCUGCACUAUCUCCUUGACAGGCGCUGAUCAGUUUCUUUAUAAUGAAUGUGUAUAGUUGUAAUAUAAUACAUAACUAUUUUCAUAGUGUGUGUAAUUUAUAAGCACAUAUCUCUCUCUCUCACACACACCUAUUUUUACAUAUGGACAUACAUAAAAUUUGUCCCAGUAAGAUUUUAUUCUACAAUAACAUUCAUUUCAUAAUGUG